AUGACUGAAAAAAAUUCUAUUCACUAUUACUCUGACACCGGUGAUGUUAUUUUACAAGCAGAGAAUACACAUUUUCUGGUACAUAAACUAAACUUAUCGUUUGCAUCAGAGUUUUUUAAUGACUUAUUUACCCAUGGGACUCCUGGUUCGUCUACCGAAGCCGCAGUGAAAACUGAUUCCAUUGUAUCGAGUACCGAAACAAGCUCAGAAAUCCCAAUUAUUAUGUUGAAUGAUGAAAAUGCAAAGACUAUUGAAGAUGUAUUGUCUUUUAUUUAUCCCAAUACGUUCAUUAGAAUCACAUGGGAGAAUGUUGAAGAAAUGUUGCGCCUGGCCGAUAAAUUCUUUAUUACGAAGCUCACCAAAACUUGCGAAUCUUUCUUGGAAAAUGACUACAACAGAAAUUAUUUAUUGUCAUUUCAACUUGCUGAUAGAUAUCGCCUGAGAAAGGUUUUUAAAGAAUCGUCAAAACUAGUUCUGGACGGAAUGGAGGAGUAUAGAUAUUCAGAACAUUUUCAAGAGUUAUCAAUUAAUACCCGAAUGAAAAUGCUUGAUAGCGGAUUUCGCUAUUAUUCCGGAUUUGGGCUGCUAGAACAGAAUAAUGAAAUGAAGAAACAAUUGGUAGUCGUGCAGAAUACUAAUAGAUAUUUCCAAGAUAUAUUUAAAUCUUUAAAUAUAUAUCCCCAACCAAGGCCAUCAGCGUUUUGGGAAAAAUUUAAAAGUAAAAUCGGUGAUUUAGAGGGUAGGAAUUCACAUAUUUCCAAUGGUGUGCAAAAAUUUCUUGGGAAAUUUGAACCUUUAGAGAUAAUUUCUGACGGAAAAAUGUACCUCUUUAUUGAAUUGGAUUAG